GACCGCGCAGGCGCACACCUUCGGCCAAGGCCGCCAUUUUGUGCAGAGCCUCCUCGGCCAAAGCGAGAGGAUUAAAAGCACCGCGGAGGAGCCGCGCCUUCUUCAGCUGCGACCGAGAGAACAGAGUGCAUCUGCCAGGCCCUCAGUCAAAUUCAGCGAGAAAACAAGCGGUCAGAAUCAGCAGGAUCAGGUGUAGGCAGCGCUCAGGGGAGGCCAGCGAGCUAUUUAGGGUUCCAGAGCCUGAAAUCCAGGGGGCACUACGCAGGAGACAUGACCCUUUGGUGCAGGUUGUACCCAUGGAAGGAGAGCCUACUGAUGGAGUGGCAGACGAGUGUGGAGAUGCCUUCAAGGCCAAGGACUGCAAGACUUACCAGCGACGCCGUGAAGGUGGGGCUGAAGAGGAUGAUGAGUUGGGAGCAGAGCUUCUUCAGUCUGCACCUGUGGCCUUGGCUGUAGCCCAGGAUGUGGGUGGAGCUAGUGGAGAUCACCAGCAGCUUGUUCCGGGCAUGGUGAGCGUGAACAGCAACAUGGAGAUGAUGGUAGUGGAUGCUCUGGACCCAACAUUGCUGCAGAUGAAGUCCCCCGAAGGGAUGGAGGCAGGUGUCGCUCACCCACAGGCAGGUGUGGCCAAUGCAGCCACUGUGGACGACACACAGAUAAUCACACUGCAGGUGGUGAACAUGGAGGAACAGGCUGGCAUGGGUCUGGGGGAGCUGCAGCUCGUGCAGGUGCCUGUGUCUGCUGUGCCCACUGUCCCUGCCAGCGAUGGCACAGUGGUGGAUGAGUUGCAGGGCUCAUAUGUGGAGACCACUGCCAUGCCUAAGGACAGCGAGCCUGUCAUCUGCCAUACGCUGCCAUUGCCCGAGGGCUUUCAGGUGGUGAAGGUGGGGGCUAACGGGGAGGUGGAGACAGUGGAACAAGAUGAACUUCCCCAGGAGCUGGAGCCUGGGAUGGAGGCUGAGCCAGAGCUGCAGAAUGAGGACCCAACCUGGGCCAAGGACCCUGAUUACCAGCCACCUGCAAGGAAGGCCAAGAAGAUGAAGAAGAGCAAGCUGCGCUACAACACUGAGGAGGGGAAGGACAUGGAUGUAUCUGUGUAUGACUUUGAGGAGGAGCAGCAAGAGGGCCUCCUGUCGGAGGUCAACGCUGAGAAGGUGGUAGGCAACAUGAAGCCCCCCAAGCCCACCAAGAUCAAGAAGAAAGGUGUGAAGAAGACAUUUCAGUGUGAGCUGUGUAGCUACACCUGUCCACGCCGCUCCAACUUGGACCGCCACAUGAAGAGCCACACAGAUGAGAGGCCGCACAAAUGCCACCUCUGUGGCCGUGCUUUCAGGACUGUGACCCUGCUGAGGAACCACCUGAACACACAUACAGGGACACGACCCCACAAGUGCACAGACUGUGACAUGGCCUUUGUUACCAGUGGCGAGCUCGUUCGCCACCGGCGCUACAAGCACACGCACGAGAAGCCCUUCAAGUGUUCCAUGUGUGACUACUCCAGUGUUGAGGUGAGCAAGCUCAAGAGGCAUAUCCGCUCACACACAGGGGAACGCCCCUUCCAGUGCAGCCUGUGCAGCUAUGCCAGCAGGGACACCUACAAGCUGAAGCGCCACAUGAGGACACACUCGGGAGAGAAGCCCUACGAGUGCUACAUCUGCCAUGCCCGUUUCACACAGAGUGGAACCAUGAAGAUGCACAUUCUGCAGAAGCACACAGAGAAUGUAGCCAAGUUUCACUGUCCGCACUGCGACACGGUAAUCGCCCGCAAGAGUGACCUAGGUGUCCAUCUGAGGAAGCAGCAUUCAUACAUUGAGCAGGGCAGGAAGUGCCGCUACUGUGACGCCGUGUUCCACGAGCGCUACGCCCUCAUCCAGCACCAGAAGUCACACAAGAAUGAGAAGCGCUUCAAGUGCGACCAGUGCGACUACGCGUGUCGACAGGAGAGGCACAUGGUGAUGCACCGGCGCACUCACACAGGAGAGAAGCCCUUCGCCUGCAGUCAGUGCGACAAGACCUUCCGGCAAAAGCAGCUGUUGGACAUGCAUUUCCGGCGCUACCAUGACCCCAACUUUGUACCCUCUUCCUUCCUGUGCAACAAAUGUGGAAAAACGUUUACGCGCAGGAACACUAUGGCCAGACAUGCGGAGAACUGCUCUGGCCCUGACUCAGCCAAUGGGGAGAAUGGUGCCCCCCCGAGGAAGGCCCGAGGGGGAAGAAAGAGGAAGAUGCGCAGCAGGAGGGAUGAUGACGACGAUGAUGAUGACGACAGCGAUCAUGCUGAGCCCGAGCUCGAUGACAUCGACGAAGAAGAUGAGGAGGAAGAACUGCUGACCCCUGUGGAGAUGGAGGUGGAUCAGGCUCCUCCUAUAGUCCCUGUCCCUGCCCCAACACCCCCACCACCACCAGUCAAGAGGAAGCGUGGCCGACCACCAGGCAGGACCAACCAGCCCAAACCCACCCCCCCAUCAGCAAUCAUCCAAGUGCAGGACGAGAGUACGGGUGCAGUUGACAACAUCAUUGUGAAGAAGGAGGCGGAGCCUGAACAAGCCAGCAGGGCAGCCAGCAGUGCAGAAAGUGGGACGGAUACAGAAACGGUUCAGCUACCUGUUGUUGAGGCUGCGCCCAAUGGUGACCUUACCCCAGAGAUGAUCCUCAGUAUGAUGGACCGGUGAUGGGAAUGCCUGAUCACACGCUCUGCGAGCCUGCCCCGCCCCAUCUCGUACCCUAACCUUCUCUCUCUCGCUCGCUUUGUCAGUUUAAAAAUGAAACUGCCUGAGAUGUUUUUAUAUAAUUUUUUUAAUCCCCCCACUUUGCUACAGUGUAGUUUUAGUUUGUGAAGUUCUGUCUUGAGGUUCUCUUCCUUUUCUUCAUGGUUUGCCGAAAGCCUACAAGGUUUGUUGGGGGACGAGGAAGCUUGCAGAUGUAAUGAGGCCUUUUGUCCUGCCAGUGGAAGGAAUUCAGUUGCCUUCUGAGCUUGAGCCCAGUGUCCAGGUGGUCUUUGAAGAGCAGAGGGGCUCCAUGGAUCUGUUUCCCCCCUCGUCUUCCUGCAUACUGGAGAUGGUCUGUCCUGCUGUGAUGAGUCAGAAUCCCAUCGGUCCACGUGUCUUAAUUGGAGCCGUGGCAUCCAUCACAAUGCUUUAAGCCUGUGAUCAUGUUGUACAAAAGCAAUUACUUAUUCCUGUUUGUACAUAUAUUUUUAAGAGUAUUUUAAUCUUCUGUCUAGCAAUUGAUCUUGUACAUUUCUAUGGAUAGCAUUUUAACAGUAGUUAUGGAACCCCUCAGCUGUUAACUUCUUUGCUGAGUUUCACAAAAAGAUCAUGUAUGAAAUGACCUCAGUUCUCUGCUUUGCGGCUUGCCUGUGACAUCAUUGGGACAGUGUGGAGCAUGCUGGACUCUGGGGGGUGUUGACAACCCAGGUGUUCCCAUCCCCUAGUUGACCCCCAUCUGGUGGAGUCCUCAAGGCAAGUGGUGGGACUCCAGUACUGUUGUUCUCUUUGUGGACUUGCUAACAGGUGCCUUAGGGUGAUGUGAAGGUAACCUGAAUCCAGGCUCUGAGGGGCUCCCAGCAGACCUGUCCCACAUGAGGACAGAGCUACAGGAGACACCUAGAUUUAAAGCGUUUAAACGCCCCUGAUCUUUUCACAGAAACUAGAAACCAAUGCACAUGUUCAAUUUUCCUUCUGGUCAUUUAUGGUGUUCCAGCAUUUACCAGGUCUUGUUGCAAGGGGGUUGGGUUGUUAGGAUCCUUUGAAGGAAAUGGGGGGGCCACUGUCAGUAUAGAGCUGUCAAAUCUAGUUUUCCAGGAGGUUUUAGCUUACUCAAUGAAAUUUAUGUAAUUGCAUUUUUAAAUAGCUUUUUUUGUUACGCUCCUAAA